CGCGAUCGGUCUGCGCAGCGCCCCACGCUAUCUCACACACGUAUUUAAAAGCAGCAGUCCGAUGCCGUCCUUCUCAAACUGUUGUGUUUAUUCGACAGGCUGUGAUGGAUUUAAAAGAUAAAGUGGCUCUGGUGACAGGAGGAGCUCAGGGUUUGGGAAGAAGCUUUGUCGAAAUACUCCUUAAAAAUGGUGCAAAGGUGGCUAUCAUUGACGUAAAUGAAUCACUGGGAAAUGAGUUAAAGGUCACACUUAACCAAGAAUAUGGACCAGACAGGACAGAAUUUUACACUGCUGAUGUCACAUCAGAGGAGCAGUUUAAAGGAGUUUUUCAAAAAGUUGUGGAAAAAUACAGCCACAUAGACAUUGUGUGCAAUAAUGCAGGGAUCAUCAAUGAAAAUGACUGGGAGAAAGCUAUUGCAAUAAACCUGGGUGGAGUGGUGAGAGGAACCUAUCUGGCUCUAGAACAUAUGAAGAAGGAUAAAGGUGGAAACGGAGGAGUCAUUGUCAAUGUUGCAUCUUUGGCAGGUCUAGGGCCUCUGUUUCCAACGCCCGUCUACACAGCGACUAAACAUGGUGUGGUGGGGUUCACCCGGGCUAUGGCAGGAGUUUCCACACUGGCCAACCACGGGGUGCGGAUCAACAUGCUCUGUCCAGGUUUUGUGAACACAAACCUUGUGACCUUAUUUAGUUCAGAGGAGCACGUUGGAAGGUUUUCACACUUGAGGAAUUUGUCGGAGAAGAUUAUGGAGCAGUACGGCGUUAUGGAGACUGAUAAUGUGGCCAAGGCCUUUCUUGUUCUUGUGAAAGAUGAGACCAAGAAUGGAGAAGCUCUGAUGGUUCAUGUUGAUGGUGCUGCGUUUUAUUCUUUCCCUAAACAAGUCAAGGAUUUCCCAUCUACUAAAGUCAACCUACAGUAGCCAAAAAACUACAUUUGACUUUGUUUUCUGUAAUCAAUGUUUUAAAAUAAAAGCAGUUGUCUGCUUUUUACCCUUUGUUUCAGGCUCAGAGAAAAAGAUACUAUAUAUUGACCAAUAUAUUGAUUAUCGGCA